UCUGGAUCUUGAACGUCCUCAUUUGUUCUGGACUUUCCGCUGACAAACGAAAUCGCGCGACUCCCCCGCAUUGUCAAUGAACUUCCUUUUGUACGCCAAUAACGGCAGUAGAGUUGUUCAAAAAUACCCCGUUCUGGUUUUCAUUCACGGCGAAUCGUACGAAUGGAACUCUGGCAAUCCGUACGACGGUCGAGUGCUGGCCAGUGUUGCAGAUUUAGUGGUCGUCACGUUGAACUACCGACUGGGAGUCCUUGGGUUUCUAAACGCUAAUGGCUCUCCAAAUUCAAGAGGUCGAGUGUCCAACUACGGUCUAAUGGACCAAAUAGCAGCGCUACACUGGGUACAACAGAAUAUCGCCCUGUUCGGUGGUGAUCCUGAAAACGUUUCUCUGAUGGGUCACGGGCCUGGAGCUGCUUGCAUUAACUUCCUGAUGAUAUCUCCCACCGUCGUCACAGGUCUUUUUCACCGAGCCAUUCUGCUGUCCGGUUCGGCGCUCAGCAGUUGGGCGCUGGUGGAAGACCCGGUUUCCUACGCGAUGCAAUUGGCCAAGCAAGUCAACUGUUCGGCGGACGGAACCAACACGGAUCCGGAACCGGUUGUCGACUGUUUGCGGGACGUCCCGUUGGACCAGCUGAUGUCGGCGGCCGUGUCGCUGCCGACUUACCUCAGUGCGUUCGGGCCGAGCGUCGACGGUGUGGUGGUCAAAAGCAAUUACCAAGAAGACGUCAUCACCAAUCUGCUACCGGAAUUCGACGGGUACAGCCGGUCCAGCGUGCCGUUUGGCGGUAGGUUUCAAAAGUUCGACUUUGAGAACGCGGUCAACAGGUAUGAUUUAUUGUUCGGCGUGGUCACCAGCGAAGCCCUGUGGAGGUUCAGCUCGAACGACAUACAGGCCGGUUUCGAGGGAGAACGCCGGGACAAGAUCCUGCGCACGUACGUGAGAAACGCGUACAGCUACCAUUUGUCCGAGAUAUUCUUCACCGUCGUCAACGAGUACACGGACUGGGAGCGCACCGUGCUUCAUCCGAUCAACACCAGGGACGCCACCAUAGCGGCGUUGAGCGACGCCCAAUAUGUGGCACCGCUGGUGCACACCGGCGACUUGCUGAGCCAACCUAAGCCCCCGGCGGCCAGCGGUGAUCCCAAAAAGCGCAAGACCAAAUCCUUUUUCUACGUGUUCGACUACCAGACCAGAGACGGCGACUACCCUCAGAGAAUGGGCACGGCUCACGGCGAAGAAUUGCCUUAUGUGUUUGGAGCUCCAAUGGUGACCGACGGCAUGAACCAUUUCUCCAGAAACUUUACAAAGGCAGAAGCUGCUUUAUCCGACGCUAUGAUCAUCUAUUUGGGCAACUUCGCUAGAACCGGGGACCCCAACGAUCACGACGAUAAGCCCGACUCCGGAUCCAAGGAAAGGAACAGAUUUCGAAGCGUCACGUGGGACGAGUACGACCCCGUGCAUCAAAAAUAUUUAGAAAUAAGUAUGAAGCCUAGAAUGAAAAAUCAUUUCCGGGCUCAUCAGCUGUCCGUUUGGCUGCGGCUCAUCCCCGAGCUGCACAGGGCCGGCAUGGAAGACGUGGCACUCCGGCACAACCUGUUCAGGAACCACGACGACGCCGACCUGUACGACGGCGUGGUCAGGCCGGAUCCGGUGUCUAGACGGCCGCCGCAGCACGUGACGGUCAACCGGUUCACGGCCAACGGCACGGUGGCCGAGGUGGUGCAAUCGCUGACGACCACGUCGCGGCCACAGUGGCCGACGGAGGGCACGACGUGCUUGCCGCCCGCCCGGACGGGCUCGGCCAACGCGUCGUCGGCCGAAGACGCACUGGCCACGUUGGAGGCGGCCGGUUACGCGGCCUAUUCGACGGCCCUGCACGUGACCAUCGCGUUGGGCGCGUCGCUGUUGGUGCUCAACGCACUGUUGCUGGUGAUCAUCUGUUACCAAAAGGACAAGUUCAAGUGCUUGCAGCGACGGAGAGGUUCGACCGAGUCUGGCGACCACUCGCAGAAGAGGUACAAGGCAGACGGCGAAAAGGAUCUAGUCGGCGUAGGCGGAUACAGUGAACCGCCUCGGCCGCCGGACGCGGUCGCUCUGGAAAUGGAGCAACGGCACUCGUACCACGGCCAUCACCACCAUCAUCACCAUCACGCGCCCACUGCGGUGCCGCCGCCGCGGGCGCACGACAUGACGUUCCCCAAAGCGGCCAAGUCGUGUUCCCGCAUAGUGCACGUCGACCAUCAAGGGCCGCCCAACGGUUCCGUGCACGGGAUGGCGUCCACGUUACCGAAACCGCCGCCGCCGCCCAGAGCGAUCACGUCACAGGAAUCACAGCCGCUGCUAGUGCAGGGAGUGGGGCUGAACCAGUUACAGAAAAGCGGCACGCUCAAGAUGCCCGUGGCCGCCAUGAGCGAGAUGAGGGUCUGACCAAAGUGCCACUCCGCGUGUUCGCACCAAAAUCGCGCUACGCCUCGCUUUUCGGCGGUUUAACAAUUAUUACGAUCACUCUGUACUUGGUACUAGGCAAUUUACACAUAUAUGUAUAUAACUGUUUAUAUGACAUUUUUUUUCAUAAUCGCAAAACCAAUUUUGUUACAAUAUAAUAUAUAUCAUUUUUGAAACCCACAAAGGUGAUAAAUUUGACAUAAGAUAGGUUACUUAUUAUCUCUAAUAGCUACAUUUUUUUACUCAAUUUUGAACAAGUACACGUUGUUAACAUUAUUUUACAAUUACAUAUUAGGAAACGAUGAGAAUGAAAAAUAUAUUAAUUACUUUUAUAAAAGUUUACAGGAGAAUGAUAAUUAUUUCAAUUCUAUGUGUUCUUACGGCUGUUGUUUAUUUGUUUUUGUUUUAAAUAUAUUUUUCAAAAAGUGCGGAAAAUUGUAAAACAAACAUCGACCAAAGUAUGGUUCGUUAAAAAAUAUAUUUUCAACAAAAACUUUAUUAUGAAAGUGCCAUUUAUACCAUUUUGUUUCUCAUCGUUUCAUAUUAUUACAUCAAUUUCGGAUUUCGUAAUGUUAUGUUAGCUUAUAAAAUCUAAAUUACUUCACAGUUAUAAGUUAAAAUGUCAGUUGUCAAAUAUAAUAGUCGAUCAAUGAUCCAUUUUGAUAAAAAUUAAAUUUUACAUUUAAUACAUGGAUACUUAACAAAAACAAUUAGCAGAGUACGUUAUUAUACUAAUUUUUAUGUACGAUAACAUUUUAAAUAAUAAUUGGGCUUGCAGUAAAGGCUAAAGCUUUAAUUAAACUGAAUAUUAUUAAAAUUAUAUUUUAAUACCGUAAAAUAAGUAUAACCUAAAGCGUUCUCAAAAUGAAAAGUGACAAAAUUGGAAACAUUUUUUCUGGUACAAUGCGUGUCUUAUGUUAAAUUCAUUAUCCAGUAUAAAAGAGUUAUUUAUACUUCAUGUUUAUAGCCAAGUUCAUUUUUUUAAUUUCCAGUACACAUGUACAAUAUCAUUAAAAAAAAAAAAAAAAUACAACUAUAAGUAGGUAUUAUUUUUCUCUAAACAGAUUUGGAAAUUCAACGUGUAAUAGGAAAACGUCACUACGUACAUUUACCAUGUACGUUAAAUUUUGAAAUUUGGACAACUCAUUAGAUUUAACACACUACCAAAACAAAAUCAUGUACUACCGUUUAUUUGUAAAUUAUUUCAUUAUGAUGAUUAGUAAAAUAUCUAUUCACUGUGAUACCAAAAAAAAAAAAAUUAUUGUUGAUCGAAUUCAGAAACACAUUAGCUUUGUAAGCGCUAAAUAACAAUAAUAUAAUGUUUUUAAAGGGCGAAUGAAUACGAUUAAUGAUUCUCUAGUUGAUAUUAUGCUUUUACUUCAUUUUUUUUUUUUGGUAAAUAAUAAAUGUAUAAAAAUAAAAGUUUUGUGAAAAACAAGUCUGGGGAUAGGGUAGUGUUUAAUUGAUGACACCGUUGAAGCGAGUAAGUAGAAUUGAAAAAAAAAAUAUGAGAAAACCAUUCGUUCUAUUCGCUGGUUCUUCAAAACAGAGGAAUCUGUGUAAAAGUUUUAUACUUCACAACUACAAGCAUAAUAAUAAAACAGAAACUUUGCUUGAAUCGUUGAGCACAUAAAGCAAACUUAGUUAUAAUUUAUUAAACAAAAAACUCGGAGUCGGUUUUUAAGCCGUCCUUAUCUUAUUCUGUUUUGUUUAUUUUUUUUUUUAAGUGUUUACUGCUAGAUUAUAAUAUUAAUUACAAUAACACGGUCCGAGGAAAGUUAAAAACUAAUAGAAACAUUUCAGGAACACUUAAAAUUUGAACACAAAUUAAAAUUUAUGAUCAAGUUUAUUACGAAACUGUGUAGUCGACACAAUAAUAUUAUUAUCUGUUUUUGUUUUUUAAUAAGUUUUAAAAAAAUCCAAACUUUAUCAAUUUGUACAAUUUAUCAAAUUUGGUUGAAAUUUAAAAUUAUGUUUAGUCCUACCAAAUAUGUUUCAUGGUAUGUGAAUAGAAAAACAAAUUUAACUUUUUAUA